ACGAGGCGCACGCUCGAUGCAAAGCAGCGCGUGCUGUCACGCGUGGAAACCAGGAAGCUGUGUGUGUACCAGGAUCACGGUGCUGCUGUGUCCUGGGCGUCCACUUCGUCCUGGUCGCAGGCUCGCUCGGCUGGACGGUUCCGGUCGCGUCGUCUUCCGGUCUGUCCUCGGGGGAACACGUUCGAAAAGUGGUCACAGACCGUGCGUCGACGACCACGCGGCACACGUGAGCGGAACGAAGACGAACCACUACCGAGCGCGGCCGAAUGCCAACGAGCGGUCACGAUCGUUUCUCGGGGUACUCUGCCUGGCCGCUGAUUGGCCGAAUCCUCGAGGAAGUGUUCGCUGUCUAUGAGGACUCGCGGACCAUACCGCCACGUGAGUUGAGCGCCGUGGAAGUGACCCAAGAUAUCGCGCGCCUUUUCGCCGCUUUAUAGAGCACCGGAUUCUGCCGAGCUUCAUCCACUUGUCCGCAGCUGGAUACAUGUCCCGAGCCGCUAUCGGCUCGGUGAAACUGAUCGCUCCGGAGAACGUUGACGUCUCGCGAGCGUGACAGCCUGGAACCUGUAUCUCAGAGAGACAGUAGCUAGAACAACGCGAAGUUUCCAUUGGAAAAUUCCCGGUUGCUAACUAGACGUCUCGCUAGCCAAUAGAGAAGCGUAACUUAUCCUGUCUAUUAUCUUCGAAAGAGACCCGGUCUCGGACUGCUAUGCGUCAUUCGAGAGCCUAAGACAGUACCGUUCGCCCUCCGAAUGGGUGAGCUGGCCUACGUCACCGUAGUCAUCACGUGGUGAUCCCAACCUAGGCCAAUGUCUCUACCCCGUAUGACGUUGCGCCUUUCAGCCAGUGUCCUCUAGGCGGCCGUUUCCCUACUAAACAGUCUGUCGACGAUUCGACCGCGAAAACUUUUGCCAUGGAAAUCGACCAGCUGUUUUGGGACAACGAUCACGAAUUGCCCGGAUCGCCGAUCGAACUCCGGAAACGAUCUUUCGCAAAGUCGAAGGCGACGAUGCGUUGAACGGGUAAACACGGAACGUCGCGGAACUGUCCUCGUGACGCGUUGUCUAUCUCAACGCGGCGUAGGAGAAGUUUGUGGUCUCCGAGUGUUCUAAAUAGAAGUGCAUGGUGAAUAAAACGUCUCUUGGAAAACUUUGGUGUGUCUUCUUUCCUUUUUUUUCUCUCUCUCUUUCUCUCUCUCUCUCUCUUUCCAUUGAUCGUCCGGAAUCCCGGUAUCGAGACUAUUUUCUGAAACUUUGCCGCCAUUGCGAAGGCGAUUGGUGGCCGUGGCAAAAAGUGUCGGCGUACCACGUCCCGCUUUUUACAAGGAACGUAGACAUAACAUGCCAGUGUUAAUUGUCAGGCAAGAAACGCUUAGUGAAACGGGUAGGUCAGUUCGGCACCGGCAUUAAUGAUCGUACGGUAACAGUAUUGUAAGAAAAAGUUGCCAACGAAAAGUCAAAGAUUACGUAUUGUCGGGAAAUUGUAGAUUUCCGAAAUGCUCUGUUACAUAUAAAUGUUAUGUACGUCUAAUAACGAUGUGUACGCGUAUAAUCUGCGUUCGAAAAAACAAAGGUAAUCGCUAGCUAGUGACAAGUAGAAUAAGUACAAGGAAAAUUAAUGGAUGAUGUUUUACCUUAACGGUGAAUUAACAAAUUGUCAAGUCGAAGUCCGUUGCUCGGAGAGCCAGUGACUGUGAUCUAUCCGUGGAUUCGUCUGGAAUUGGGAACACUGUGCAAGUUUCUGGAAAGUGACAAGUAACUACCGUGAUGCCCGAUGUGUUUAAAUAACCUCUGAUUCAACGGAGUUCUAAGCUCGCCUACAUUCCGGGCAUAAGGGAGCGGAAGGAGCGUAGAUGAGUUCUGCUGUCCGCGUCCUCGAAGGAGCCUAUACUUCUAUGCUGGCGAACUUCUUUGGUACGACCUGGGGUUGCGUCGGGGUAGCUAGUAAAGUGUCCGUUGAUCGUGAAGAGUUUACGAUUACCGAUAGACUGCGAUUGAAGAGGGUGGGGAGCGCAGCAUUUGGUAGGAGGAGGAGGAGAAGAAGAAGAGUAAGUCGAGAGAGUGUAGGCGCAGGCGCCGUAGGUGAUGUGAGGCUGGCGCCCGCCUCACGUUUGGGGUGAUGCCCUCCAGUGAGCCUCAUCCCCCCCAAUACCACCUUCAGCACCACAACAUUCCUCCCUCGCAUCUUCAACAGCAAACGUCGAACGCGAUCGGGCAGCAUCAGCUUUACCAGCAGCUGGUGGCGGCCCAUCAUCAGCAACAGCAACACCAGCAGCAGCAGCAGCGACAACAGCAACACGGCGGGCCCUUUCAAAAUUCCCCGUACACGCAGCAAAAGCAGGAGAUGAGCCCGGAGGAGGAGGGGGGUCGAGGGGGCGGGUCCCCCCCGGCAGCGGGGGCUGCGCUGCAUCAGCCCCACCACCCCCGCACGGCCAGUCCACCCUCGGGCACAGAACCCUGCACCCGCGAUGCCAUACCAACGCCCACGCCGAUCGCGGAUACAACUACGACCACUACGACUACUACUAUGACCAUGCAAUCGCAAGGCCAGCAACAGCAAGAGCAGCAAGGUCCUAGCCCGAGCCCAAGUCCAACGGGCGGCGACGUUGAGAAAUUCGAUGGGAAGAUCGUCUAUAACCCGGACGGUUCGGCGUACAUAAUCGAGGGCGAGAGCGAACUGAGUGAAGAUGAUUCCCUGCCGGACGGUUGCAUUGUAGACGGCCGCGGUGUCUCUGUUCCUCAUUCUUUAGUAUUUCCUCAAAUCGCGAGCGCGUACUACGUGUCGAGACUGUACGCCCAUCAGGCGUACCAGCAACAGCAGCAACAACAACAGCAACGUUCGGCGGCCCAGCAGCACAAUCCCGAUCUUCCUGUAAUGCACAGCUAUCGGGUGAUCAGCUACAGAAGCGCAGAGGGGAGCAAACAGCCGCCUCCGCCCCCGACAGCGCCACCACCGCCUGCCGCUUCGGUGCCUGUGAAACCUAUUUUGAUGUGUUUCAUAUGCAAACUGAGCUUCGGGUACGCGAAAAGCUUCGUGGCGCACGCCCAGGGCGAGCAUCAACUCACCUUGAUGGAAGACGAGAGACAAGUACUUUCUCAUUCGACGGCAUCGGCGAUCAUCCAGGCCGUGGGCAGAGGAAAGCAGCCGCUCGUCAGCUUUCUCGAGCCCGUGACGAACUCCACGUGUCCGCAAUCGUCGCCCGCGCAGAUGCAGAGCCAGCAGCAACAGCAGCGCGCCGAAUCCAACGAGCACGAGCCACCGACGGCGUCCAGCACGCCCGCGAGCACGCCCGGAGUCCCGAGCAGUCCCCAACAGCAGCAACAGCAACAGCAACAGAGGCCGUCGCCGAGCACACCCACCACACCCACGUCGCAUUCGAAUCAUCCUCUAACGUACAAUCAUCAGCAAACGCAGCAACAUCAAUGGACCGGGGCGCAGGUGAGCGCUGCUUCCUGGGCCAAAGCACCGGACGCCACUAUGCAUUACACUUCGCCACCUCCGCCAAGUUCAUCGACCAAAGGCUCGCCGUCUUCUUACGCUGCCCUGACCCAGCAGCCACCGAAUUUCCUGACGGGCACCACCAUCGGCGUGUGUCCCGAACACAUGCAAGGCAGACCGAGCGGCGUCGAGUGCCCGAAAUGUGAACUGAUCCUCGCCAGUAGCCGCUUAGCGGGUCCUGGAGGGCCGUUAGCUGGGAUUCACAGUAGAAACUCGUGCAAGACGUUAAAGUGUCCGAAAUGUAAUUGGCAUUACAAGUAUCAGGAAACCCUGGAGAUCCACAUGAAAGAGAAGCAUCCGGAGAGCGAAACGUCCUGCAUAUACUGCAUCGCUGGCCAACCGCAUCCUAGGUUAGCGCGGGGCGAGACUUACACUUGCGGCUACAAGCCCUACAGGUGUGAAGUGUGUAAUUAUUCUACCACGACGAAGGGCAAUCUCAGCAUUCAUAUGCAGAGCGACAAGCAUUUGAAUAACAUGCAGGAGUUACAGCAAGGCGGAGGCGGCAGCUCGGGCGCCAGCAAUCCAUCCUCUUCGCAAGACGCGCCGAUGCCAACGAGAAGUCCGCACCACCAGCAGAACCACAGUCCGCACAUCGCUGGCCAAGCCGGAAACCAAAGCAAGCCGAAGCCGACGUUUCGCUGCGACGUUUGCAACUACGAGACCAACGUUGCGCGCAACCUAAGGAUACACAUGACCAGUGAAAAGCAUACGCACAACAUGCUGGUCCUGCAACAGAACGUAAAACACAUGCAGACCUUGUCCGCGUUACAGUCGCAUCAUCAGCAAGCACAGCAUCAUCACCAACAAGCGCAACAGCAGCACCAACAGCAACUCGAGCAGUUGCUGCACCUGGGCGGCUUGGACAAACCCCAACACGCCGAAGCGGCUCUGGCCGACAUGGCUUACAAUCAGGCCCUAUUGAUUCAAAUGAUGACCGGUGGUCAGCUGCCACCGCAGCUCCCACCGGAAAUUAUGGGCGGCAUGGCGAGUAUGGGCGCGAUGGGAAAUCUUGGCGGAGACGUCGGACUUUCACCGGACAGCAUGGAUCCUCCUCCGGAACCGGCUGAUCCCGACCCGUCCCAUCUCUAUCAGUGUUGCGUCUGCAACAACUUCGCGACGGACUCCCUCGAAGCCCUGACCCACCAUCUGGCUGUAGACAGAACGCGAACGCGCGAGGGCGAGAUCCUGGCGCUGGUAGCCGGCCACUUUGUGUGCAAACUUUGUUCCUAUAAAACUAAUUUAAAAGCAAACUUUCAACUCCACUGCAAAACGGACAAGCAUUUGCAGCGCCUGCAGCACGUGAACCAUGUGAAGGAAGGCGGCCCGAGGAACGAGUGGAAGUUGAAGUACUUGGCAUCGCCCACCAGCACCGCGCAAUUGCGUUGCCACGCGUGCGACUAUUACACUAACAGCGCUCAUAAACUGGCCCUUCAUGCCGCGUCCCCGAGACACGAAGCCGCCGCGCUCCUUCUUCGUCAUCUGCAUGAAGCCAGCACCAACGUACCCACCCAAGCGAAGCUUUAUCAUUGCGCCCUAUGCGGUUUUAGCGCGAGACACCGGUUGCCUCUUCUCCAGCACGUUCGUUCCCUGAGACACCUGCAAAUGGAACAACUGCAUCAACUUCAUCGGCGGAGCGGAAUCCAAGGGAACGAAACACCGCACACCGAUAUCGGCGACGUUUUUCAGGUCGUCGGCGAUCCUGAUGCACCACCCGCCCAACAAUCGAGUCCAAAUACACCUAGCACCCCGAACGCUACCAGUGUCAACAGUGAACGACGGGAAGAAGGUAGCGAAUGCGGUAACGAGGUGAAGCAAGAGCCGGACAAUGAUCAGGAAACGGAACAGGAACCGGAGAACGAGCACGAGGACGUCUCCUGUCCGUAUUGCACCUAUCAGCCGACGUCGCGAGAGGAAUUGAGACAGCAUUUGCAGGUGGCUCAUGUGCAGGACACGGACGAGAAAGCGGAGACGGUGAAGGAGGAGCCACCGCCGGACCUGUUGUGCCCGCUGUGCCAAGACGGAUUCCGAGAGCGAUCCGCGCUGGAGAAGCACGUGAUGCAGAUCCACUCGGUGAACACGGACGGUCUGCAGCGACUGCUCCUGUUGGUUGACCAAAGCCACUGGCUGAACAAUAACCCUAGGAACACGUCGACACCAGCGGUGACGACGCCGACGUCGCCAACCACCACCACGAAACCGCCGCAAGAGGAGGAGUUGAACGAGCGCGGUGGCAACGACGAAAUCGAGGAGAUCACGAGGUGCACAAUUUGCGGCCGGAUCUGUCGCUCCCUGGAAGAACUGCAGCAACACCACAGGGAGACCCAUCCGGCGACGACGCCCACGCUGGCGGUCAGCGAGAAACACGUGUACAAAUACCGGUGCGGUCAGUGCAGCCUGGCAUUCAAGACCUUGGAAAAAUUGCAGCAGCAUUCGCAGUAUCACGCGAUAAGGGACGCGACCAAGUGCGCUCUGUGCGGUCGAUCAUUUCGCUCGGUGCAAGCACUUCAGAGACACUUAGAGUCUACUCACGCGGAUCUACACGAGGACGAGCUGGCGCAGUACAAGCAGAGUCUGCUGCACGCGCACCCGCUUCUUCAAGCGCUCACCGAGGAGAGCUUUCGGAGACAAGGGAACCUGAGCGGGGAGCAGAGCGUAGAAGACGAUGCCAGCAAGGCUGAGGAGGAGGAAAGCGACGCGAGCGACUCAUCGCCGAUGCACAAGGAACAGCGUCUCCUGGAAGACUACCUAAACAGCCAACCGGUCGCCGAAGACUCCUACCAUGAUCCCGGCAGAAAGUUCAAAUGCCAUCGUUGCAAGCUCGCGUUCACGCGGCAGAGCUACCUGACCGGGCACAACAAGACGCUGCUGCACCGCAAGGGAGAGAAAAUGUCCUACCCGAUGGAGAAAUACUUGGACCCGAACAGACCGUACAAAUGCGACGUCUGCAAGGAGAGUUUCACUCAGAAGAACAUACUGUUGGUCCACUACAAUAGCGUGAGUCACCUGCACAAAUUGAAGAGGGCCAUGCAGGAGCAGGGUAACAACAACACGCUGAUAUCGGUGGUGCCGCCGGCCAGCCCGACAGAGUCGCCGGAUUCCCAGCAGGAUCAAGAUAAGAAACCCUACAAGUGCAACAUCUGUAAAGUAGCUUACUCGCAGGGCAGCACCCUAGACAUUCAUAUGAGAAGUGUGUUACACCAGACAAGAGCCAGCAAACUGCCAGAUCUCGCUGCCAGUGGGCAAUUAGAUCUCGCGCGACCGUUGAUCGAGCAGCCGCCCCCAUCCAGCCCGAACAGUCCACCUGUUAACAUGAACACCAGUAGCACAGGAAUGCUGUCUUGUCCCCGAUGCAGCGCGUUGUUCGUGAACCAGGAGCAGCUUGCCACGCACCAACAGCUGUAUUGUAUUUUCAGCAAUCCACUGGCAUUGUUUCAACAACUGGCAGCGUCGCAGCAACUCGUCCCGUCUACGACCGCCAAAACACCGCCGCCGACGUCUACGACGCCCGGGCCGCAGCAACACAUGCAACAGAGCGUGCAGCACACUUCGCAGACGACACAGGACAUCCUGUCGCAGCCACGUCACAAAACGUCGCAAAUGUACAAGCAUCUGUUGGAGAGCUUCGGUUUCGAUCUUGUGAUGCAAUUCAACGAAAACCACCAGAGGCGCCAGCGGAAGGAGGAGGAGGCUGCGGCCGCGCUCCAGGCCCAGCAAGAACAACAGAAGCAGGAACAGCAGAAGCAAGCACUCGCAGCUCAGGCGGCCCGCGAGAAGGAGGAGGAGGUGGAGGAACCGACCGACGACGAUGUUAUACCGGAACUGACCAGAAGCACUUGCCAGCAUUGCAAUAAGGAGUUCAGCAGCGUCUGGGUGUUGAAGGCGCAUUGCGAGGAGGUGCAUCGCGAUCUGGUGCCCCGCGAGUUUCUCGAGAAGUACGCGCAACAGUUCAAGUGCGAGUAUGAAAAGAAAAGCGUGGUGGUCACCGUCGCGACGUCCUCGUCCACGUCGUCUGCGCCCAGAAGCUCCACCCCCGCGUCCGGUCAGCCGCAAGAUCUCAGCUCCGACAAGGAACAACGCGAGAAAGAAAAGGAGGAGAUCGCUGAGAACAAAGAACGCAUCACCAAGACACCGGAAGCAACGUCGACUACACCCGCAACUACUCCUGCGUUGAGCAACACGCCCGUGUCGAGCACCGAUUCGACUACAGCCACCGUGUUACCGUCCGCUCAGACUCAUCAUUCACAGCAGCAACAGCAGCAGCAACAACAGCAGCAGCAACAACAACAGCAACAGCAGCAACAGCAGCAGCAACAACAACAGCACGCUCAGCUGACGCUGGCUCAACAGAUGUCCGAGAUGCAGGCUGCAUUGAACGCUAUGGCGGCUUCUCAGUUGCAACAACAACUUCAGCAAUAUCCUGGAUUGAUGAUGGGCAUGAUGGGCCUUCCUCUCGGGUUGAAUGUUCCUGCUUUGGCCGCAAUGAAUCUGCAACCACCUCUCGUACCUAUGAUGCUACCGCCGCCGCCUUACGAUGGCGCUGCGACCGCGUAUCCACCUAUCAACGCUCAGGCCGAUCUUCUGGCGAAACAACAUCUCGCUCUGCAACAGCAACAAGCGGCGGCUGCAAGUGCAGCUGCUUCUCAGAAACGUGCGCGCACCCGCAUAACAGACGAACAGCUAAAAAUCCUACGAGCGCAUUUUGAUAUUAACAAUUCGCCGGGCGAGGAGCAGAUUCUAGACAUGGCGGCGCAAAGCGGAUUGCCCCCGAAAGUAAUAAAACAUUGGUUCCGAAAUACGUUGUUCAAAGAACGCCAGCGCAACAAAGACAGCCCCUAUAAUUUCAACAAUCCUCCGAGCACCACGUUGAAUCUCGAAGAGUACGAGAAGACCGGGGAGGCGAAAGUUACUCCGUUAAAUUCUAGCGUAUCCGGUAACAGUUCCUCGGACGAUAAAAGCCCGAACAAACAAGCAUCUCCGCCUCCGUCGACGACGAGCGUCAACGCGUCUCAGACCACCGAGAUAAAGCAGGAGAUACAAGAGCAACCGCAGUGCCACGUUCAACAGCAGUCCCAGCACCAGGAAGAGCAGCAACAUCAUUCACCUGGAAGCUCGGGUGGUCAGCAAUCUCGCCCUCAUUCUCCAGCACUCAGUAUGAGCUCCGUAUUCCCGAUGCACCAUGACGUCUCGUCACACUCUUCAACGACAACAAGCGCGCCGAGCAUCCCCAUGUUACCACCGAAACUGGGCCCGCAGAGUUUUGCUAGCCCCAACCCUGGCCCAGGUGGAGUGGUACCUGGCUCCAUAACAGGUUUGACCUUGACACCUCAGAGAUCUCUCAGUCCCGGCCGUGGACCGACGGACUACUCCUUCAGUGGUGGUUCGAACGGAAACAGCUCCUCGGGUAACAGUUCCGGCAAACGAGCGAAUCGAACAAGAUUUACGGAUUACCAGAUUAAGGUUCUCCAAGAAUUUUUCGAAAACAACGCGUACCCAAAAGACGACGACCUCGAGUAUUUGAGCAAGCUUCUCGGAUUAAGUCCACGCGUAAUCGUGGUUUGGUUUCAAAAUGCUAGGCAGAAAGCGCGCAAGGUAUACGAGAAUCAGCCAGCCGCCGAGCCAGUGACACCAGGCAAUCGCGAAGGUGACGACGGGUCCGGCCGGUUCCAAAGAACACCAGGCUUGAAUUACCAGUGUAAGAAAUGCUUGCUAGUAUUCCAACGGUACUACGAGCUCAUCAGACAUCAGAAAACCCAUUGCUUCAAGGAGGAGGAUGCGAAGAGAAGCGCGCAGGCGCAGGCAGCUGCAGCCCAGGUCGCAGCCGUCUUGAGUUCCGAGGACAGCAACAGCAGCUCGACGACGACCACCACGAACAUCACAUCCAACAACCCAUCCUCUGCUCCAGCCCUCGCGGAGCAACUGCAACAGCCUCUGAACACCACCGCAUCUCCUCACCAUCAACAACAGACGAUGACACAGUCGCAUCAGCAGCCCCAACAACAGUUACCGCAACAGCAACAGUCUCAGUCGCAGUCCCAAUCACAGGCUCAGUCGCAAGCCGAGUCCAAGGAGGAGAGUUACCAAUGCGACAAAUGCAACCUGAUGUUCGGACGGUUCGAACUGUGGCGCGAGCAUCAGCUAGUACAUAUCAUGAACCCGUCCCUGUUUCCACCCGCCUACCCGCCGGACUCGCCGUUCGGAAUCCUACAGCAACAAGCCCUCAAUGCUACCACCGGCGUAGCGGCCGAAACCCCUCAUCCCCUGAUCGCGAUGAUGCAAGACAGAAAACGUAAGUACGAUGACUUCGACGACGGCACAGGCGGCGAGUCUCGCUCGAACUCCGAACACAGCGAGCAGCCCAAGGACAAGCGAUUGCGGACGACAAUUCUCCCGGAACAACUGGACUAUCUUUACCAGAAAUACCAGGUCGAGUCGAACCCGUCUAGAAAGAUGCUGGAGACUAUCGCACGCGAGGUCGGAUUGAAGAAACGUGUGGUGCAGGUGUGGUUCCAAAACACUCGCGCUCGCGAGCGCAAGGGUCAGUUCCGCGCGCACAGCCAGGUGAUCAACAAGCGCUGCCCGUUUUGCCCGGCGCUUUUCAAGGUGAAGUCCGCGUUGGAAUCUCAUCUGAGCAGCAAGCAUGCCGACCAGGUAGCCCGCGGCGAGGUGAACAUCGACAAUAUUCCCGACGAGGAGCUCUCGAUGGAGUCCGCGCCCUCGAACCCCAGCACGCCCAAUAUGAUGCCGCCGCUGUUCCCUCCAUUCAACACCGACAUGGAGGCCUCCCUUAAGAAGUACUACGAGGAGUCCAUGAAGCGAUACAUCAGCGAGCUGCAGGCCCACGCCAGCAACGGUAAGCAAGAAGCGACGAACCACCAGGCUUCUGGCAACAACAGCGGCGAGUCCCCGUUGGACCUGAGCAAACCGGUCGAUCUCAGCCGACCGAUGAAGCUGAGUCUCGGCGGGCUGAGCAACCUCCUCGAAGAACAACACGGCAUGCACUUCCGCGGCGGCAGCGACUGCGGCCCGCUGACCGACCUCUCCGAACGAAGCAUUUGCGACGACGACAGCCUUAGCGAGACCACGGAGUUCUUGGACGACGAGAGCGGUCCCGCGAGUCCCGCCUCGAGCACUCAGAGCUCGCGGCAGGGGUCCGCUUCCGUGGGAACUGGAAGCGCUGCUGUGCCGGCUGUAACCGGUGCCGGUGGUGGAACCGGCCAGUCCAGCGGCAAAAGGUAUCGCACUCAGAUGUCAGCGACUCAGGUAAAGGUGAUGAAGUCGCUGUUCUCGGACUACAAGACACCAACCAUGGCUGAAUGCGAGAUGCUCGGUCGCGAGAUAGGCCUGCCGAAGCGCGUGGUACAGGUCUGGUUCCAGAACGCCCGCGCCAAGGAAAAGAAAGCCAGAUUAGCGGCGGGCCUGCCAGCCGAAGGCUCGGCGGUGCAACCGCAUCGCGGCCCGACCGGGCCCGACGAGUGUAGACUCUGCUCGGUCCGAUACUCAGCGAAGUCGCCGCUGCAGGAGCACGUAUUCUCGCGACGGCAUAUCGAGUCGGUGCGUGUCGCCGUCGAGGAGGGCAGCCUGGUGCCGCCGACACCUGGCGCGCCGAUCCUCCCCACCGGGAACACCGCCGCCGCGGGGAUGGGCAACGCGUCGGUGGUUGGCGCUACCAAUCAGCAAGCCGGCCAGCAGCAGCAAUCGGACGAAAACAUGAUGUACGGAUCCUUGUUCCUUCACCCUACGGCGAUGUUCCAGCCGCAGCAACAACAACACCCGGGUGCCGCAACGCCUAGUACGGCUACCACCACGCCCGUAGCGGCUCCAGGUUUAAGCAGCGUGAUGCACGGUAACGGUCUGAUGUCGUUGCACGUGGAAGGUGGCACGCAGGUCCAGGUGCCUCGCUCGUUGAUGCAGGCGUUCCUGCAGCAGGACCCGAACCAUCCUGGUCUGGAGACGGUGCGGCUGCCGACACCACCGUGCGGUUCCGACGAGAGCGACCCUCCGCAGCACUGUCGCGAGGUGGAGACCGAAUUGUGUCUGGUGUGUCGCCGAUGCGGCCGGGCCUAUCCGCAAGAGUCGACGCUGCUGACGCACCAGCGUUCCUGUUAUCUAGGCAACCAACAGCGUCGCGGUGCACUGCGUCUGGUUCAGUCACGCUACAGCUGUUCCUUGUGCGACGGCAACACUCCGGCACGCACCUACACCACCGUGAGCGAAUGGCGGCGUCACGCUGAAACGCUGCAGCACCGUGCCCGGCUGGAGGCCAACCAGGAACGGCAACAGCAUCAGCAGCAGCAUCAGCAACAGCAGCAGCAACAACAGUUCGGCAACAUCAGCGGGCUCUCUGGCGCGCAGUGCGGCGAAGAAGUGCACCCGCUCACCGACGAAAUGGAGGACGUCGUGAACCAAAUCACCUUGCUGGCUGCUCGCGCGGCCGCGGAGAGCACGACCGGCCAAUCUCAGGGUAACGAGAGAGCGAACCCGGACAACAACAACGCUCCCGACGUGAAGAGACAGAAACUUGUGCAGGAGGUGGCCGCUUUAGCCGGGGCCCGUUAAAGUGCUCGCCGACCUGCCGCGCGGACUGCUCAACGAACGCGCGAAACGCUUUGGGCUGAAGCUUUCGCGGAAGGGUGCGAUGGAAUAUGUGUAUGUGUGUGAUAGGUCCUCGGGGAUGCGACGCGUCUCGCCCCGAACCGCGACAACCCUUGUCUCGCGGCCGGGACGGGACCGAACGACGGUGAGACAUGGCUGAACAGGGCCGAGAAAGUGUUCGAUGGGUGCUCUGUGAGGGAUAAUUACUCGAUAACGAAAACAACGUUCCUAACUGACUAGAUAACGGGGAGAGGGUUCCAACCUAGGCAUGAUAUUGUCGGUGAGAGGCUUUUUCUUCCGCUCCGGGCACACCAGGGAAUCUCCGAUACUCCGGGUACUCGCGCGUGGACGGUGGACCAAUUACUCGAAGAUGACCGCAUGCGAACCCCCUCUUUGCUUUCAUUUUUCAUUUCCGUUGCGCACUGCCACUGUCGCGCACCGUCGGUUGUAUUACCAUUAAUUUUUAUCGUCAGACGACUGUAAACAGCGUGCCAUCGAGCAGCGCGUACACCAAAGUUCCUUCGAUUGAGAGAAUUACGAGAUUCGAUUAACGGUUAUG